GUCUCCCACGCAACAAGUUUGGGGGAGCAAAGCGGUCCCUCUUUCUUGUAGAUUUGAUUCAACAAACUGGUGCCGCUUUGCAGGACGAGCUGCUUCCCUCCUCUCCUCAGGAGGCUCUCGGACGGCAAACGAUACCCUCCAGGGAAAGCCGUGGGAGUGUCCGCAGCCCAUCAGAAACGCCUCGCCAAGCCCCUUUCUGUGGCUCUCUGUAUAAAUCCCCCUAUACCCAGCCACUACCUAUUACUAAAUUCUUCCAGAUCCCUCCCAGAACCCCUUUUAAACUCUACGGCCAACCGAGUCCGACGCUAAGAAAGAGGUCACCUAACAAACACCCAAGCCAUGUGUAAUGCUCUGACACCGGACUCCCCUUUCCAAAGCCAAUGCGACUACCAUGAAGACCCCCACGGCCUCCUCACUGCCCCCUUCGUCCAGAAGCCGCAGACGGCGACGAACCCAUCCGAGGAUGCUCCGGUGCUCACGCCCAAGCCGCCGACCGAGCUCGCCCUUGCCUUCGUGGAGGCCAGGUCUAUAUUAAGCCUGGCACUCCCUAUGGCGCUGACCGGCCUCCUCAUCUACUCCCGUUCUAUGAUUUCCAUGCUUUUCCUCGGCCGCCUUGGUGGCCUCCCCCUCGCCGGCGGCUCCCUUGCCAUCGGCUUCGCCAACAUAACCGGCUACUCUGUUCUCUCCGGGCUUGCGAUGGGCAUGGAACCAAUCUGCGGCCAGGCGUUCGGUGCCAAGAAGCUCCCCAUCCUCGGCCUCGCCCUUCAGCGGACAAUUCUCCUCCUCCUCUCAGCUUCCAUCCCCAUUGCUUUCAUCUGGGCCAACAUGCGACCGCUCCUCCUCCUCUGCGGCCAGGACGCCGACAUCUCCGCCGCCGCCCAGUCUUACAUUCUCUUCUCCCUCCCCGACCUCUUCCUUCAGUCCUUCCUCCACCCCCUCCGCAUCUACCUCCGCUCCCAAUCCAUCACCCUCCCCCUUACCUACGCCGCCACCAUCGCCGCCCUGCUCCACCUCCCCAUCAACUACCUCCUCGUCUCCAUCUUCCGCCUCGGUAUCCCAGGCGUCGCCCUCGCCUCUGUCUGGACCAACCUCAACCUCCUCCUUCUCCUCCUCGCCUAUCUCUACCUCUCAGGUGUCUCCAAAAGUACUGGCGGGAUAAUUCCCUCUGCGGAGAGCUUCCGCUGCUGGUCUUCUCUUCUAAACCUCGCCCUCCCCAGCUGCGUCAGCGUCUGCCUCGAAUGGUGGUGGUACGAGAUUAUGAUCCUCCUCUGCGGCCUCCUACUUAAUCCCAAAUCCACCGUUGCGUCGAUGGGCAUUUUGAUACAAACCACUUCCCUCAUCUACAUUUUCCCCUCCUCCCUUAGUUUCGGCGUCUCCACCCGCGUUGGCAACGAGCUCGGGGCCAACCGCCCCGACCGUGCCCGCCGCGCUGCCUUCGUCGGCCUCUCCUCCAGCUUCCUCCUUGGUCUCUUUGCCCUCAGCUUCGCCGUCUCGGUCCGGCACGUCUGGUCCCGGAUGUUCACCGCCGACCCCGCCAUCGCGGUGCUCACCACCUCGGUUCUGCCGAUACUGGGGAUGUGCGAGCUGGGCAACUGUCCGCAGACGACAGGGUGCGGUGUCCUGCGAGGCAGCGCGCGGCCGCGGGCCGGUGCCAACAUAAACCUCGGCUCCUUCUAUUUCGUCGGAACGCCGGUCGCGGUCGCGCUUGCCUUCUGGGGAGGACUCGACUUCAAGGGGCUCUGGCUCGGUCUCCUCGCGGCACAGGCCGCCUGCGUCCUGCUCAUGCUCGCUGUCAUCCACCGCACCGACUGGGACCUUCAGGCCGAGCGCGCGAAGCGGCUCACCGGUGCCGGAAUCCUCAACGGCGAUUUAGAUGAACCUGCUCAGAAACAAACACAGAAGCUAAAAGCUAGCACAGUGGAUGAUGACGAAGAUGAGAAGGCCAAUUUGGAGAUUUGCAUAACGAUUGAUCGAUCUCCCACACUAACUUGAUCUUUGCGUAUUUGUCUUAUUUACCCCUUUUUUUUAGCAUGUUAGUCAUUUGUUAUUACAAAUAGAAAGAGAAGAAUCAAUUAAAGGUCUCAAACUAUAUUUUUUUUAAUAGAGGAGUUCGAGGAGAAAAGAAAAGA